AUGGCCUCGGGUUUCUAUUUUUGUUUAAAUAUUUUUUUCAUGACGUUAUUAUUGUCUGUGGUUUCUGGAAUUACUAAUGUAGAUUAUGAAAAAGAUCAUGAAAAACCUCUGAUGAAACCUUUUGUCAAAUGUGAUAAAGAUGUAUGUGAUUUACGACACCAAUACUGCGACAAGGGUGGUUUUAUUUCAAAAAUAUGUCUUCUAGUGGCGUAUCGAAUUUGGAUACUCGCCAAGUGUACGUUGUUCAAGAAAAUGUCAUGUGCCCCUGGGCAAAACAAUGGUCACCUACCAAAUAGCGCGACUCAACCGACACUUUCUUCUUUAGUCCCCAUGAGCAACCAAUGUUCAACAGUUACACAAGAGCAAUCGACUUUAUUACAACAAUCUCACACAGCUAUAAGUCGACAAAAUAACGAAGCUCGUAAUAAUAUUUGA